AUGGCACAGCUUGAAAAGUCCAAGGACCACCCAGUCGAGCACCCAUCUUCAGCAAACGACAUCAUAGAGACAGACCCAGACUCAUCUCACAAACAACGGCAGCGCCGGUUGCGAUUGAGCAACACAUGGAGUUCGUCUAGUGCAAAUAUCGACUUCAUCUCUAAGGAAGAGGAGGUGAAUGAUUAUGGCAUACGAUCACUCGUCCCGGGAGACUUUCCCUUGAAAAGCAACACGAGCCAGUCACUUCCCAAUCGGAAAAGCAGCUGGAUGUCAAGGGUUUUGCACCAAGGAUCAACGACGCAUCCCGAGCGACCUUUGAUCGAUAUGCCGAAUCAGAUCUUGCGGCACCGAAGAACCAUCAGCGAUCUGGCCGUAAAUUUCGUGCAGCAUCAGCGCAAAGAAGGGCUCAAGAAUGAGAACCUACGCGACCUAGUCCGCCUCUGUGGGAAGAGCAUGUUCUACUUGCCCCAGGAGUAUGCUUAUGGCUCCCUGAUCUUGCCAACUUGCCUGCGCGCAACAGCGCAAUACCUCGUGCAACAUGCUCAAACAAGUGGCAUCUUCAGGGUCCCCGGCUCGGUACGUGUUGUCAAUGCGCUUUACGAUUACUACUGUGCAGGUAUCGAUGGUGAGGAGGUACGGACCACAACUCAUUGCCCGAGUCUUCCUUCUCAUCUCAACUGUGGAGUGCACGAUGUUGCAUCUACAUUCAAGCGUCUCUUGUCUGGGCUUCCUGGUGGUAUACUUGGAUCUCUCGCCCUGUUUGAUGCUUUGGUCGCCGUUCAUAGCCAGCUUCACAAUACUGUCGAAGCAAACAGGACAAAAGAGACCAAGUUGCGCGCAAGACUGAUUGCCUUGGCCAUUUGCACGGUCAGAUCACAAUAUCAACGCGAGCUGAUCUGCGCCGUAUUCGGGCUCCUAUGCCUGGUUGGUCGCACCGCUGAAAAUGCCCCCAGGGAAGAUGAGUAUGGCCAACCGUUACCCACAUCUGACCUGAUGGGAUACAACGCUCUGGCAAUCAUAUUUGGACCACUACUUGUUGGCGACUUAUUGAGUUCGUACAGUAUGAAGCUUGCAGACCCUGUCUCAGGCCUCGUUAUUCUGCCCAUAACCCAAUCCAAGCUUGGCAAGCAUCGAAAACUGAAAGUAAUGAGGAAGGAAAAGCCGGGAAUGUUGGCUGUCGACAGGAUCAUCGUGGCAAAUGACAUCACGGAGAUGAUGCUUGUGCAUUGGAGAGACGUAGUGCGGCACUUGGCCAAUCUUAAAGCCCACAAGAGAGAGCAGGCGACGACUAACACUGCGGACACUAACGGCGCAUUGAGAGAGACACAGAGUCAAACCGACGAGCCGAGCCAUGUAAAAUCAGAUGGGUUGCCAAAAGGGGAAAUGGAAAGGUCUUUGUCACAAAGAUCUAAAUCACAGGCUCCCAGGCGGAUGAGCACUCCUCCAGCUGCACAUUCGACGUCUUACUCAGGUUUGGGAAUCUCGGAAACUCACUUUGGUGAUAGCGGCCAAGAUGACAAGCUGCAACUGAAGCGCCGUAGGUCUCGCCCACCCAGCUCGGUUUCUUUCCGUCAAUUAUCUGGUGGCCAUCCCAUGAGUCCCCUUUCCCCUACUAUGGAAGAGGCACCUAUACCUGAACAGCCUGAGACCCAAUCGCAGAGCAAGCAGGAGGGCACUCUUGACCAAGCUUCCAACAAGCCAAAAAGCGAGAAUCAGCAGGAGAAUACUGCCGACACCAUGGGUGGAUCUUUGAGUGCUUCAUACAAAUCUCCGAGCCAACCGGCCGAUUCAUCACGCGGCAGUCUACCCGUGCCAUCGACUCUUCGACCGCCAACUCAGCAAUCUACGAAGCACGACUUGGAGUACACAGAACUGAAAGUGGAUACUAGAAGAAUUACGGAAAACAUGCUGACCGAGAGCUCAAUGUCUCUGGGCACCAUAAGAAGACAUACUCCGAGCACUUCAGUGCCUGAAACUCAUAUCAAAGAGCAGUACCCCUCACACAUGGAUGACUCAACGGCAGGUCAUACACCACUUCUUCGCGCUCAAAAACUUCCCAUGCAAGAAUCCAAGUCCGUACGCGUGGUCGCGUUUGAUGAAAGCAGCUCGCGCGGCGGUGUUUCCCCUUCCCCGUUAGGGAUGCACCGCUUGAAAGGCCAGGAGAAUGUGGAGUCAAGAUCCAUCCAACAUAGGAACAUCUCAACCCGUUCCCACGAAAACACUCAAGCGGAAGCAAUAUCAUCGAAUGGCUCUCCAGAACCAUCAUUUGGAAGAACCAAAUGGCCAAGCUAUAUGCCUUCCGCGGUGAACCCUUUGAGAACACCGCCAUUAUACAAGGCGGAAUUUCUACCACCAGCUGAAAACUCGCGCACACAACAUACCAACGAGCAACAAACCAAUCCAGCUAGAGAUUCCAGUCCCACCACCAGAUGGAAAGAGCUGGUUAGAGAUAGUCCGACGUCUUCUCCAGCGGAAAUCAAAAGCAAGCGUAUGGCACGGGGGUCAAGACAAAGUCUGACUCGUGAGUCUGGGGAGUCAAGGGCACGUGAAGAUCCUUCUAGUUCACUGACUCCUGACUGGAAACGCCAACUAUUGAUGAAGAGAAGAGGUAGAGAACAAAGCGAACAAGAUUGUACAGCGCCAAGGUGGCCCACUGGAGUUGACAAAAUGCCCCCAGAAGAUGGCCUUGCAGAGUCUUCGCACUCGACCAAAGGUGAUGCACCGUCUCUACUAAACGUCACAGCUUCCGCUUCAUCUUCCCGGCGAUCCGCGUCCAAGCCAGUCAAUGGAACUGUCAAGGCGAUUGCGGCACGGUUUGACAGUGUAUCUCAGGAAUCAAGCCCAAGUCAACAGCGAAGUACUCUUAGAGGAUCGCAUAGCUUUGUGUCAGCUGAUACAGAGACUCAAAAUCAGAAGCCGGCUGCAAAGACGACAAUCCAUUCAGAUAGCACAAAAUCUCUAGAAACUCCCAGCUUCUCUCUGUCAAAUCAAGGCUUGAAGAGGGUCAAGAGCACACCGGCCCGUUUUCGUGCCUCAAUCAGCCGCUUGAGUCAAGGAUUGAGGUCAACUCCCGCCUUGGCCAAGUACGUUGAAUUUCCAAGUCCCUCCAAACCAACUACCAUUCCUGAAGUGGAGAUCUCCACAUCUAAAGAUGCAGAUGAGGAAUUCCCAGCAACCCCGUCGAGAGUCCCGCAACUACAGGUUCAGCCUGCUCGUGUUCUAUCUCCUAAUGCUAUGGCUGCGCCCCAAGAUGGCUUACCGAGGAGAAGACGCUCUAACAUGACCGUUCAUUCGCCCGAGGCGUUUGGGCGUGGUAACGUCGUUGAGAAUGGAAACGACGGUGGUUCACAUGCUGCAAGGCAACUGCGCAGAUCUAACAGCGACACAAGCAGCAUCCUACAUCAUCAGAUUCGGAUACUCCAUAGCCAGCUGAAUGUGCGAAACGAACAUAUUCAUGGUUUGCGGAGAGAUCUCGAUGCUAUGUAUGGAACUGAUGUAGGUGUUCUCAGUCAACAGUUGCGGCGGUCCAGACGGGAGUGCCAGAUGUGGAAAGACCGUGCUUUGGAAGCAGAAAAGAGACUCGCCGUUUUCGAGAGAUUUUCGGCCAAAUUCAAGGGCCUCAAAGGGGAUAUCGACGACACGGCGAAUAGUGUUGGAGCCAGGUCGAGUAUUUGCAGUCACGGCAACCCACGCCGAGGACUGUCGCAGAGCUCGCACUGCUCUACACAUGCGGAGAGGCCAGGCACAAGUUCAACUUGCCACCAUCACGAAAAAGACUGCAUCGGUGGUGGAAGCGAUGGCGUCGACAGUCCCGAGGUAUAUGAAAACUACAUCAGCAAAUAUCUUGACGACACGCAGGCGAGGACAAGACAGUGCAAUAUCUCCAAAGCCCAAUCAGAGCUAUGGAUUGCUGCUGAAAGACUUUUGGGUGUUCCAGGUGUUAUGAAUGAGCAUUGA